CGCGGGCCGGCCAGCCGCCGCGCGGCCGCCGCGCGCGGGCCGCGCGGCGAGGAGGUGCGCGCCUCCGACGUCGCCCGGCGCCGGAGGGGACUGGGGGGCGCAGCUGGAGGCCGCGGAGAAGGAGGCGGCCGUGCUGCAGGGGGCGCUGGCCGCCGCGCAGGCCCGCCUUGCGCCUAUAGAGGAGGAGCUGCGCAGGGCGGAGGCCUUCCAGCUUCCCGCGCGCGCGGAGAUCCUGGCGCGCGCCGCGCCGCUGCGGGAGCAGGUGGCCGAGCUCUCCGCGCUGGCUGAGGAGGCUGGUGCCAGGGAGGUCCGCCUUCGCGGCGAGCGGCCCGCCUUCCGGCGCGCCGUGUCCGAGCAUCCGGCCCCGCUUUCGGGGGGCGACGCCCGCGAGCUGCGGGAGGCCCUGGCCCGGCUGGACGCCCCGCUGCGCCGCCUGGCGGACCAGCCGUGCCGCGCCGAGCGCGGCGGAGGAGGCCGAGGUGGCCGGCCUGCUGGGCGGCGACGGGCUCGGCGCGCGCCUGCGGCUCUUCGGCGCCGCGUCCGCGCAGGGGGAGGUGGAGAAGCGGUUGUACACCCUGCAGGAGAUGAAGGACAACGGCGUGGACCCGACGAAGCUGUUGAGCCCCCGGGACGAGAGCCUCGAGGCCGUGAGGAGCGCCAUCAGGGCCGCGCUGGCCGUCGGGGGGGCCGCCAUGAUCCUAGUGCUGAAGCUGAGCCCGAUGGUCGUGGUGCUGGCCACGGUGCUGCUGCUGGGCGCAGCGAUCUGGGAUCAGGUCAGCAACGGCGGGUUCCUCGAGCUGCUCCUGGUCGACUCCCUGGCCCGUGCGGUGGGCACCGACUACCGGGACCGCGUGGCGCAGCACGAGGCCGGCCACUUCCUCGUCGGCUAUCUCUUCGGCGUCGUGCCGAAGGCGUACACGCUGAGCGCAUGGGACGCGUUCAGCAACUGCUGGGCCUUCAACACUCAGGCCGGCACGCAGCUCUGCGACAGGGCGGUGCAGCAGGAGGUCGAGUCCGGCAAGAUCUCCGGGAAGACGCUGGACAUCAUCGUGUCCCUCGCCGUGGCCGGCGUCGUGGCAGAGUAUCUGGCUUUCGGCACGGCCAGCGGAGGUGCCGAUGACAUGCGCGAGCUCGAGCAGCUAUCCCUCCCUCAAGUUCGAUCAGCGGCGGACGGACGUCAUCCUGCGAUCCGCGGUGCUGAACACCGUGGGCCUCCUGCGGCGCUACGAGCAGCAGCGCUCCGCCCUCGUGGGAGCCAUGGUUCGCGGCGCCCCCGUCUCCGAGUGCAUCGCCGCCAUCGAGACGGGCUCCGCGGCCUGACGGCGUCCAUCGACUCGACUCCUGGGGGGGGGACGUGGCCGUGUCCGCGCGCCCAGUUGGCGCUGGGCUGCCUGAUGGCCUCCGCCGAAGGAGGAACGCACGACACGUCUUUGGCGUCGUGGCUGCGCGCCCAGUGACGCAGCGUGGUCAGUUCGUACCCGUUGGUCGCUGACAGGUGAUACUUUUGGGUGUGUGGAUACUGCUUAUGCUUGGGUCCUUCGUUUGGACAAUUUCUUGGAAAUCCCGCCUGUAGGAGGACGUGCCCGACCUACGUCUAGCGCAUGCA